AUGGAAGAAAGUAGUGGUAAAAGCUCUGAAGAAGAGAAAAAAGACAAGUUGAGUGGUGGAGAAUAUAGUAGUCAUCAUGAAAGUGAUAAUGAUUUUACAAAUAGUACAUUGAUUGAUAAUGAUCCAGUGAAGGUGCUACAAUUAUCUCAACCAUUUUUUGUUGCAGAUACUUUGGAGGAUGAUGAUUCUAUGAUGAUAUCUUCACAAGAAGAUACUGUGCCUUUUCUGAUACCAAGUACUCCGGUUGAAGCUGGAAAAGGACAAGGUGCUUACAUUAGAGGGGAAAAAGAAGAAUGUAUAACUAUACUAGAUGAGGUAAUGAUUCUCGACAUGACGCAAGAUUUGCCUGAUCUGGAUGCAAACACAAGAGUUGUUGCCUUAGUAAAAACAAUAAAAGUUUUAGAUGAUGAUGAUGAUUGGAAUUUAAAAUUCUCAGAAACACAAGGAACACAAGAUCUUAUGGCUGUUGUAGCAGAAUCGCCAAAAAUGCGGUUGACUCUAAUGCUGAUAUUACAUCUUCUUUGCCAAUGGUCCCCCCAAAACCAACCUGGUGACAUUCCUCCAACUCCAUUCAAGAAUGCAGAUAGAAUGGAUGACGACGAUGAAAAAUGUGAUGAUGUAGUCGCAGAAAGCAUUGGAAACAAAAGCAACGGAAGUUCUUCAAACAAUAUUGAUGAUGGUGAACUGUUGAAGCCUGAAUUAAGUCCUAAUGAAAAGGAUGUUAUUAAGAUUGAUUGCAAUGAAAUGUUCCUGAGAAAGAAGAAGAAGCGAGUGAUCAUGUUAAGUCGGCUGAUGGAAGAGUCCAGUUCAGUUGUUAAAGAAGUGAGAAUUGAUGUUGCAGCAUCAUUGCCAGAUAUUGAACUUCCAACGAAAAAAAAGAUUGCAGAUACCACAGAAACUAAAGAUGAAAAACUUGAAGUAUCUAGUCAAAGCAAACCAAAAGAAAUUGUUAAAAAUAAUACAGAAACUCCUCCAACUGCUAUGCUGCCUCCACUUACUUCUAGAGUAACCUCUUUAAGAAAACAAAGAACUAAACCAAGUGACAGAGCAUCAGCUAUAUCUGCCGUGGACACACCUGAAAAUACCAGUAAACAUUUAGUUGGUUCUUUCAAAACAAAAGCCUCUCUUCAAAGAAUGUUAAACUCAUGUGGAUUUUCUUUAGAUGAGGAGAUUGAAUUUCCUGGCGAGCAGCCUCGUAUUGAAGUUCUGUCACCUUAUUCUGGGAGUUCUUCAUCUUUAUCUAACAAAACACCACAUUCUAGUGAUUACAUUGCUGAUGUUAGUUCAUCAUCAUCCGGCAAAUUGUCUCCUAUUAAAUCGGAAGAGAAAGAAGAACCAGAGGAAAAAGACGAGAGGAACGAAAAACUACUCGCAGGAAAGCAACCACUACCAAAUCAAAAAGCUACUCCAAAAUCCAAUAGAAGUAGAUCAGGAAGAAAAAGGUCUGCUGAAGAUUCAGACUCUUCAAAGAAAACUGAGUCUACUAAAGAAGUGAAGCCUAAAAAAGACACACGAAGUAGGAAAGCUUCUUCAAGUAAAAAAGAUCCUGUUGUUGUAAUAAGAGAUAUUCCUGUUGCUGAAGAUUCAGGUGGAGCAUAUGAAGAAUCCCAUUUUGGCAAUAUUACUCCAGGUGUUCGAGUCAUGGCUCGCUGGAAAGAUGGUUAUUAUUAUCCUGGAACUGUACAAAGUCAGGAGUUAGAAGGCAGAUGGGUUGUUAUGUUUGAUGAUGGAGACACACGGACAAUUGCCCAAGAAAAUUUGAUGAAACUUGCUAUGCUUCAAAUCGGCACAAGUGUUCUUGUCCAGUCUUCUUCUGAUCAGUUCUAUGAUCCAGGUAUAGUGUGUGGCCACUUUAGGGAAGGAAAUAAAGUCGGAUAUGAAGUAGAACUUGACAGUGGAGUAACAAGAAGAUAUCCAAGAUCAUGUGUCAUACUAACUACAGACCAAGCAAAAUUAAUUACAAGUAGUCGACCUCCUACCACACCUGCAACAGUGACUAUUAAUCUAGAUAACAUCAUAGAUGGCAAACGUAAAAGGAAAUCAGUCCAAUCACCCGUAUCAACUCCUGUUUUGAAAAAGUCUCCCAGAAUCUCCCAAAGGACUUCAAAACUUGAUUCGAAUUUGGAUAGCACAGCUAGGUCGACAGGUAGUUCUGCGGGUGAAGCUGCUCUGCCUAAGUCAAGGGAACCUGAAAGUACAGAAACUGAAGAGGAUGUGAAACCAAGGAAAAGGGUCAGAAAAGCUGCAGCACGCGCCACUUCUGAAGUAGCAAAAGUUCUACCAAAAAGUAAUGUAAAACUGUUUAAGGAUCAUGCUUUUCUUUUGACGAAUGCAGAUAGAAAAGUUAUUCCUAGAAAUGACGAUUCGGAUAAUAACUUAACAGAAGUUGAAGAAAAGUUGUUUGAUAAAGAUCAACUUUGUUCGGAUAUAAUCUCACAAGGUGGUUUGGUUCUUGACAAGUUUGAAGACAUACAAAAAUGUUCAAGAAAAAACAUAUUCUUGCUAGCAAAUUCCUAUCUUCGGACUAUAAAGUACAUACAAUGUUUAGCUGCUGGAAUCCUGUGCAUCAGACAUAAUUUUGUGGAAGAUUGCUGUUUAAUGGAUGAGCUUCGUUGUCACACAGAUUACCUACUACCUGCUGGGUACUCCAUUGUUUCAGAUGAAAUUAUUGAUUGGCAUGGGAAAAGUGAUGCUUUAAAAGGAUUGAAAAUAGCUCUGAUAUCAUCUAAUGAAAGUCACUUUGUUCAUAUAUGGGCUCCAGUAUUAUUAGCAGCGAAAGCUGAUUUUGUUCAAAAAUGGACUCUCCCAUCUUCCAAGUCAGGUUCAUCUGCUUUUGUAGAUGUUCUCAUUACAAAUCAUCUUUGUCCCCAAGAUGUACUGCAGUCAGCUAAAAGAAGAAAAAUUCCCAUUGUUUCCAGUGAGUGGAUUAUCCAGUCUUUAAUUGCAGGCAAACGCUUGUCAUAUAAUGCUCACCCAAAGUUCAAACAUGACUUCACUGAAUGA